AUGAAAUUUCUGGUUUUAUCUUUACUGGUAAUAUCGGCCGCUUUGGCCGAAGAAUCCACCAAAAAGAAGCGUGGGCUUGAGCUUGGUAGCUAUGGAGGUCAUGAUUUGGGAGGAAGUUUGGGAGGCCAUGGCGGUAUUGGAGGAGGAUAUGGAGGUGGCUACGGAGGCGGUUUAGGUGGUGGAAUUGGAGGAGAUGAGGGAAAAAUCACCCAUAUUACUCUUCACAAACAAAUCCAUGUACCACAGCCUUAUCCUGUACCAGUACCAAUUGAGAAAAAAGUACCAUACGCAGUCCCCUACAAGGUACCUUACAAAGUUGACAAACCAUAUACCGUGCACAUUCCUAAGCCAUACGAUGUCCAUGUAGACAAGCCUUAUCCAGUUAAAGUUGAGAAAACCAUCCCAGUACCCUACAAAGUGCAUGUUAAGGUACCAUACCCAGUCAAAGUACCCGUACAUAUUCCAAAACCUUACCCAGUUCCUGUACACAAGCCGGUGCCCGUUCAUGUCCCAGAAUACAACUUCGUCAAAAAACAUGUCCCAGUCAUCAUCCACACCGGUCACGAUGAAGGUUAUGGUGGAGGCUAUGGUGGUUCUGAUGGAGGUUAUGGAGGUUACGAAGGAGGUUCUCAUGGAGGUGACUUGGGUGGUCACGUAAUAUCCACAUCAAUUGAUCACGGUUCAAGUGGUGGUUCUGGACAUGGAGGAUGGAUUGGAUCAUCGUCUGGAAAAUGGUAGACAAAUGUGAUACAAGCAAUUUCAUUUUGUAAAUAUUUUCAUUCUUCAUUUAAAGAUAUAUCUUCACUUCAUCUUAAAAUAGCUUUUUUAAGAAAAAAGAGUUUUUUAAGUUGAGGAUCAAAACCUGAAAUUUUGUGUGUGUACUUACAUGCUAUGGUAGCGUACUUUUGUGCGAUUCCAGCAUGAUUAUACUUCUG